CAGCGCAACCUCACCCUAUCCACCUCUUUUCCUCAUCCCCCCUCUCUCCAGGCACCCCCCCUCUCUUUCCCACACCAGACACAAAAGAUAAAGGCCACGAAGAAAAAUGUGCGACGUCCCCUUCUUCCCCAUCCUCCCGAUUUGCUUCCAAUGCGGCACCGACCAGAACCCCUGCCGCUGUAAAGUCGUCGGGCCAACCUUAGGUAUAUCCUUAUCCUGUCCCAGAAAACCAAUUCGGUGGUGUUUGGGCUCCGUUUCGCUGACUGGAUUGAUCCUGUUCCGUGGGGGCUUAGGAUUUAUCUGUACGGUUGUAGCUGCUGUAUGUGUCUCCUCCCUUUUCUUCAUCGCAUCGUUGGGUUCUACUUGUAUCUGGAAGGAGAGAGAGUCAGUCGAAGGGGAGAAUAGGCAUUGGGAUUCUAAUUAAGCUCCAAUACAGGUGAUCUGCUACCCGGCAUCGAUCUUCUGCGGGUGUUGUUUGACGAAGACGGGGAAGGAGUAUGUGCCUCUUCUAUUGAGACGAACUCUCCGAGGGAAGAUGAUAGUGGGCUAACCGGUUCAAUUCAGUGUGCUGGGGUAUCCGGUGAAGGUGAAUGGGAUCGUUAGUAAUGCCAUACCGAUAUAGGUAUUCAUGGUUUACUCAGGACUGAGGUUGGUUAGAGGGGUUCAUGAUAGAAGUGGAUGGGCGAUGUUAAUCAUAAUUAAUAAUAUUUUCACUUGAACAUCAUAUCUGAUGUACUUCAUAUCAGACUGUACUGAGUGAAAGUGAGCAA